UGAGUAUGUUUUUUGAGACUUGGUAGUUUCCUACUGCAGUAAAUAAAAUGAAAAAGAAAAAGACUGGUGUGUUGUGUUAUUAACAUUAUUCUACAAGCUAUCCACACUACCUAAAUAAUGUGCAUUCAAGCUGCCGUACAAAAUCAUGUUUUCAAAUUGCAAUGAUUGUGUAAAUAGGGUAUUAGUAGCUACUACUAGAGUAUGAAAUUACUACGUCUCAAAAACUAUACUCAACAUAUAUAUGAAAUACGAGCUCAAGUGGCAGUCUAAUGAUAGAUACACACAUGCAUUGCAUAUCUGUUGACUGUUUAUUAACAUGGAACUAAACUUCAGCAACAGGUUAAUUGCAUAUUAAUGAAAUAUUUAUUUAUGACACUCAUAUGGUUGGCAGUCAUACUGGCCGGCAUCCUCUGUGUGCAGGUGGUGUAUCGGUUUGACUAAUCUUCCAGCUCAGAAGCUGUUUAAGAUCUUUGAUUAAGAGCCAAUAAAUGAAAGAGUUUUCAUAUUCCUGGAAUCCUGCACAAGGCAGGGUAACAGCCUUGUGCAGGAUAAUAAUAAUAAUAGCAAACAUAAUAAUAAUAACAAUAAUUAAUAUUAUCAUUACUACUACUAUGAGUAAUAAUAAUAGGAAUAACAAUAAUGAUAAUAAUAAUAAUUACCUUUUUAUUACAGCUGCAUAUCUCUUGAUUCAAUCUUUAGUGUUGCCAAAGAACUUGAAGGAAAAGCGUCACACUGCAGUGAAAUUUUAAUUGUUUGAAUUACCGUACUGUACUUACUAAUGCACCUUGAUAAUUACGGUGUUAGUAAUUUGGGGAAACAUUUAAAAUGUGAUCUCUGUUCAAUAAUAAGAAAAAAAACAAAGCUUUGAUUUUGUCUUGUUAAAUGUUCUGUGUGAUUGUCUGUUAUAGUUUCUGCUUGGAUAAUUUUUUGGAUAUGCUUACUAACUAUCAAGAUUCGUCAAUACUGAUUAUGGGAUGCGAGAUAGGGAAGCAUAAUAGUGUUGUGCUGUGCACUGAUGCUAAAUGACAAGCACUGUGCACUGAAGUCUGUGCAGCGCUAAUGUGGUUCCCCACUUCACUUCCCCAACACCUUGAGGACUCUUUUAAGAAGCAACUUGCUGGAAUUUAGUAAGCAUUAGAUGUUAAUGUUAAUGCACUAGACCAGCCUUAUCCUUUCAUUUAAGACCAGGUUUUCAAUCUGGGGGGCGAGACUGCCUUCUCAAUCCUACAAAUAAAAAUAGAGAGUUGUCCCUAUACCUUACAGUACAAUACAGUAUGAUCUGUGCAGUGGGUCCCCUUUUCCUGCCUCUUAUGCUAUGCGGCUGUUUUCUCACUAAUAUAAAACCGUUUGCAUUGAUGAAACAGCGCCCUCUUGCAGUAAUGUAUGUUCUUGUUUCUAUUCAAGUUUUCAAUUAACACGUAAUUUGUAAUUCAAAUAACAUUUGACCAAUAAAAUAUUGUUUGGUUUAUAUUAUUGUAUUUUAGUCGUAUAAUUUGGUUUUACUGUAAACUACACUUUGUACAUAUUAAUCGUGCAUUGUAACACUACCACCCUGUAACACCUGUAAUUCGCCUUAGAUAAAGGAUUCUGCCAAAAUAAUAAUAAUAAUAAUAAUAAUAAUAAUAAUAAUAAUAAUAAUAAUAAACAACAAGGAUCUACUACGUGGCCACUGGCUGUGUGUAAACACUAUUUACACUGCUGCUAUGUAAAUGGUAAGAAAAAAUACGUAAUUUUAUUACCUCAACAUCUACACCCAAUCCUAACCUCACUAGCUUUCUCGCAGAAUUUAUGUUAUUUUAGAAAGCGUAUCAAUUGUAGUUAUAAAACGUUUCAUAUGACUAAGUACAAAUCAUAUGCACUUGCAUUUAAACCUAGUUAAUUCAGGAUAAAUUGUGCAACAGUUAGAUUAUUCGCGGAGGGUAGUGCAGUGAUGAUAUUGCGUGUCAAACAACGUCACCGAAAAAGGAAGUGCUCGGCAGCUUCAGAAAAAGAAAAAGAAAAACACAGCAUGUAAACAAACGCUGCUGUAGCCUACUUAUGUGACAGGCAUUACACGGCGGCGUGGCAUGACUUUCUUUUUAAACCAUACAACAGUAAAACCUGCCUUUUGUGUAUCUUAGUCCAAGUGCCAAUAAACGCAGCUAAAAAAAAAAAAUAAUUAAAAAAACAGUAAGCAGUGUGCGACUCAGGACUGCUGGUGGCUUAUCUGUUUGUUUAUAUUUUAAUUCAUUUUUCUGGCGACAUGUUACGAGCCAAACUCGGAUGCUACAAACAGGCGCAGUUGUUUGGGAGACGGGGGAGGUGGAUGAGUUCGGUGCCCCCCCAGCCUGUCCCCCCUCUGUCUCAGACAAUGUCCCGCUACCUGCGUGCCCUGGAGCCCCUUGUUACCCCCCCUGAACUGGAGGAGAGCAGAGAGGGGGUGCAGGAGCUAUCUAAGAGGGGGGGACUGGGGGAGAGGCUGCAGGGGAGCCUGGAGAAGAGGGCUCAGCGCACACACAACUGGGUGUCGGACUGGUGGCAGCACACUGCCUAUCUGGAGAGCCGCUUGCCCCUGCCAGUGCAUUCGAACCCGGCCAUGGCUUUGCCCCAACAGGACUACAGCAACUGGAAGGGGCAGCUGGGGUUUGCAGCUAAACUCAUUGCAGGAGUUCUGGAUUUCAAAGCAAAGAUUGACAAUCACACUCUCUUAGUGGAGUAUCUUCGCGGUCGGCCUCUCUGCAUGGAUCAGUACAGGCAGAUCUUUUCGUCGUGUCGUGUUCCGGGCCCUAAGCAUGACCACGUGAUGCACUUCGCUGGGGUGCGCCGGCCCCCCACCCACAUCACCGUGGUGCGGAACUUCCAGUUCUUCCAGUUGGAGGUGUAUAACAGCGAUGGCUCUCCCCUCACGGUGGAUCAGAUCCACUCGCAGCUGCUGAGGAUCAGAAGCCAGUCCUGGAAGACAGACAAGGAGCCAAUGGGGAUACUGACCAGUGAGCACCGAAACACCUGGGGACAGGCUUACAACACCCUACUGAGAGACAGGAUUAACCGGGAGUCGGUGUGUGCGAUAGAGCGCGGGAUCUUCACGGUGUGUCUGGACGCCCCGGUCAUGCGCAUGUCCGAGGAGCGCUACACCAGCCGCAUGGCUGCUCAGAUGCUGCACGGGGGAGGAACCUACUCCAACAGCGGCAACCGCUGGUUUGACAAGACACUGCAGUUCAUUGUGGGAGAGGAUGGCGCCUGUGGGUUGAUCUAUGAGCAAGCCACUGCAGAGGGGCCUCCCAUAGCAACCAUAGUGGACCACGUGCUGGACUACUGUCAACAUCCCGAGACCAUUCGAUCUCCCAUGGUUCCUCUUCCUCUGCCAAAAAAACUCUAUUUUUACAUCACUCCUGAAAUCAAGAGAGACAUUGAGCACGCCAAGCAGAACCUGGACAUUCUAAUAAAUGACCUGGAUAUCAGUUGUUUCACAUUCAGGGAAUUUGGGAAGAGUUUUCCAAAAAAGUACAAGCUCAGCCCGGAUUCCUUCAUCCAAGUUGCGCUGCAGUUGGCUUAUUACAGGAUGUAUGGGUGUCUGUGCUCCACGUGUGAAAGUGCCUCCCUCAGAAUGUUCAGGGGAGGGCGGACCGACACCAUCCGCUCAGCGACCAAUGAGGCGCUGCGAUUCGUGGAGGUGAUGGAGGACCCGCAGGCAGGGGCUGAGAUGAAGCUGGCAUUGCUGAAGGAAGCCAUUGAGGCUCACAGCACCUACACAGAGCAGGCACUCCAGGGGCAGGCCAUCGACCGUCACCUUCUGGGCCUGAAGCUGCAGGCCAUCGAGGAGGGACUGAGCGUGCCCGAGAUCUUCAUGGACACGUCGUACGCUGUGGCAACGCACUAUAAACUGCACACAGGACAGGUGUCGGCCCGUACGGACUGUGUCAUGUGUUUCGGGCCGAUGGUUCCGGACGGGUAUGCGGUGUGCUACAACCCCCUCCCAGAGCACAUCAACUUCUCGGUGUCGGCUUUCAACUGCUGCGCCGAGACCAAUGCCGAGAAAUUGGCAAGAACUCUGGUGCAGGCUUUGAGGGAUCUGCAGGAGCUGGUACUGCCCAGAGAGGACUGAGAGAGCCAGGGAGGGGCUCGGAGACCAAGGGUGAACAAACAAAACUCGGCUUCACAGAGUGGGACCAGCGGGACUUCCGAAAAAAUGACCAUGGACAUUUUGGAUGGAUCUGCAGUGUUUAUGCAAUGUUUACAUGGUUACCAGUACUUGUUACUAGUGGUGUUAAAGGAGUCCUCGCCAAUGAAAUAAUUGCAUAACUCCUCUGGAAUUACUGUCUGCAUAUCUAACUGUAUCGAAAAACAAGUGGUUUCAAAAUUCUUGCGCAUUUUAUACCAUUUUGAAGGUACAAUAUUGAAUGAUGAAGAAUAAUAAGUGUCCAUAACUAACAAAAUCAUGACAUAAAUAACCUGCCGUGCCUCGGGACGUUCCAUUCACUAUACAGGUCUCGGAGUAAACCUAUUUUCCUUUUCUAACAUGGUUUCUGGUACCACACAAAAUUAAGGAAUGUUAUCAGAUUGGAUAGAAUAUAAUACACAUAGCUGCUGUACAGUGGAUCAGGUAAAAAAACCUUUCUGCAUCCAAAAUUCCUUUCGUACGACAGUUAUGGACUUGGGGCCUGAUUUUCAGUUAACUUAAUUUGAGUAAAUCUCUUAAAACAGUCACAGUUUUGUAUAUUUAUUUAAACACCAUAACUUCAGUGCGCAAACUGAACAUUUAAAUGGAAAUCCAAACGCAAAGCCUAUUUUUAGAUGUUUGAAAUUGAUAACAAAAAACUGCCCUUGGUUUGGAAGAUACAAUACAGAAUGUAUAUAGAUGAAUAGUCGUGCAAUCAUUUUAUAUGUUGAGUUUGGAUAAGGAAACUGAGCAAGAGACUAGUUUAAGUAGGAAUUGCUGUCUGUAGAUGGCUCAGGUGCAGUGUGUAACGUGUGUCGGUUUUGGGAUAACCCACAGCUACCAAUGAGAACAAAAUUAAAAUGGAGAGAAAGUAUAUUUUAAUACAAUAUUCCUUCUUAAAAUGUACACAUUGGAGAAAAAGGGCAAACUGUAUGCAAAAGCACUUUGUAAAUAUUCUGUAUUUGCAUGUAAAUAUGCGCCUACAAACCAGUACUUCUGGAAAGUUUCAAAUGCUGUGAUUUGAGGCUAUAGUGAUAGUUAAAUAUAUAGAAUAAAUUUAGCUCAAAAGCUAUUGAAUAGCCUGACAGCAACUAAACAUGAUUGUAUGUUGUAUUCAGCUCAAUAAAUAAUUUUGUCAUACAC